UUACACAAUAAGGCUGCUCAGCGAGAAAGCAGUUUGUGCAGGAAUGUGCAGCGUUAUUUAGUUUUCUAAGGAGCUAAAACCUGAAAAGCAGGAUGUGGGCACAAGACGAGGACAGUGCAGCUGAAGACUCUGACGAUGAGAUCUGUCUGUUUUCUGAAGAUGAAGGAGACAUUCAGUGCGAGAUCCUGGAGAAGCAGAGGGAUGAAGCCAAUCAGAAGCUGUCUGAAUUGGAGGAAGUUUCCAAUCAGCUCCUUAGAGAGAUAAGUGUCCUGGAGAUCCAGUUCCAGGUUGAACGCUCCUGCAGGGAGAGUGCAGAAGCGCUGGCUCUGAAAGUGACCAAAGAGAACAAAAGCCUCAAGAGGAGGAGCCAGAUGCUGAUGCCGCUCAUCCCCGAGCUGCCGGAAAACCAGCUUGCUGUGACCUUUGACCCUGAGACCGGCCCCCCUGUUAACUGUGACGUGGUCGAUCUUGGCGUGGACGUCGGCGAGGAGACGCUGCUGCUCGAUAAUCAGGCCAAGAUCACGGAGCUGCAGGCGUCGGUGGACGGUCUGCUGGCUGAGAAGCUGCAGCUCGAGCAACAAGUGGAGGAUCUGAGCAGAGAGCAGCUUCAGCUCAGGGAGCAGCUUGCUGUGGAGGUCGAGGAGAAGGAGGCCCUUUUGAAGAAAAUGAGCAAACAGAGCAGGACCAUGAACAAGAUCAAACGAGUGUCCCAGCUUGUCACAGAAGAGUUCACAGAGAUGUCUCAGAAGCUGGAGCUGGAGCAGGGCCUCCGGCAACACGCCGAGGUCUUCGCCCACCAGAUGCUGGUGGAGCAGGAAGCAGGCCAAAGACAGAGCCUGAUGGAGAUGCAGAGCUCGAAGCUGCAGCAGGCCAUGGAAGACAUAUCUCAGAUCAGCAGAGCCCUGAGUGAUGUACAGCUCUACUACCAGGACCAGAUAAAACACAGUCAGAACGUGGUGGAGGAGAGCAGCGCCCGAUCUGAGCUGCAGGACCUGAAGGAGCAGCUGGAGAAGAGCGAGGAGGACAGAAAGGCUUUAGAAAGUCAGCUGUCUGAGGCCAACAGCUCCGUCGCACAGCUCCAGGAGGAAGUGAAACAGUUAGGUGAAAAACUAAACCGAGAGGAUAGAACUGAUGAAGCGGUUGAGAAAUCCAUUCCUGCUUCACCUCCACCACCUCCCCCUCCUCCCCCACCUCCUCCUCCUCCUCCUCCUCCACCACCCACCACUGACACCAAUUUGCUUGAUUUGCUGAAGAGCAGGAGGAAAAAUGGAGCCAGUAGAGAUGAUCAGAACAAACCAGCCCCCUUGUUGGACAUUAAGGCAAAAGCGGUUGAUGAGAUGAUGGAGAGAAUAAAGAAAGGCAUCGUCCUGAGGCCCUUCAAGAAAGUACAGGAGGACGACAGCUCAUGGAAGGACCAGAGAAGUGAAAACAGAAAAUCAGCCAUCGUGGAGUUGAAAGGAGUGCUGGUAACAAUUAGAAAAUCUAAUUUCACUAUUGCUUUAAUUUUAAAACCUUUAUGGCGACUUGAAUCUGAUCCAUCUUUGACACACCAGGACAACAUUAAAAGGCAGCACCUCCGCAGAGUGCCUUCCAAGAGGGGAAUCAGCCGAAACGUCGGGGAGGCAGAGCUCCUGCAGGUGCUUCAGAGGAGGAGGAGGGCGAUGGGAGAGAACCAGGACUCAGCUCAGACACUGGAUCCCCAGCCACGCUCGCAGUGCGUCCCAGCAGCAGGCGGCGCUCCCUGGGCAGGUGAGAGCAGCCAAGCCCCUGUGCUCCGGAGGCUGAAACAGAACAGGGAGAAGAGAGACUCUCGCAUCAGAGCGUCGGCACUGAUCGUCAGUCAAGAAACGUGAUGGCAGUCAGACGAAGAAGUACAGCUUUUUAGAUAAUGUAGCUGAGUUAUUAUUAUGCAGUUUUAUACAAUGAUGAACCAAAGCUCAGUUUGUUGACCAAACUGUGCCUGUGGAGAUGUUUUUUACCGUCAACUUUGCUUUGAUUUGAAAGGAAUCCUCUCCAUUUUUGCAUAUUUACUGCAGUAAUAUAUAAAUGCAUUGCUUCUGUGUUCCUUCUUUUAGUAGGAAACCACUGGUUGAUCUUGGGGUCUAUACUGAAAAGUUCAAAUAAACCGGAGCUGUAAUCAUCUCACUCUCAGAAAA